AUGGUCUCUGAACUCUGUACAAAGAAGCUCAAGAAGAUAACAUGUCGGCAUUUCUUUUUCAUUUUUCACAUUCAUUUUAUUCUAUUUAUUUCGUCCCCCUCUUUUUUUUGCUUUGCUUUCAUUUUUUUCUCAUUCAUUUUCACUAUUUCAUUUUCUGCAUUUCUUUCCUUUUCAUUCCUUUUCUUAUUCACUCUAUUUAUUUCUGUCCUCCUCCUGCCUUUUUUUUCAUUCCACUUUCAUUCCUUUUCUCAUUCAUUUUUUUUCUCUAUUUCAUUCCGUCUUUUGCAUUUCUUUCUACUUUCACUUUCAUUCCUUUUCCCAUUCAUUUUACUCUAUUUAUUUCGUCCCUCCUUCUGCCUUUUUUCUACUUUCACUUUCAUUCCUUUUCUCAUUCAUUUUACUCUCUCUAUUUCAUUCCGUCUUUUGCAUUUCUUUCUACUUUCAUUUUCAUUCCUUUUCUCAUUCAUUUUACUCUAUUUAUUUCGUCCCUCCUUCUGCCUUUUUUCUACUUUCACUUUCAUUCCUUUUCUCAUUCAUUUUACGCUCUUUAUUUCAUUCCGCCUUCUGCAUUUCUUUCUACUUUCACUUUCAUUCCUUUUCUUAUUCAUUUUUCAUUUUUUCGUCCCCUCCUUCUUUUUUUCUUCCUUUCAUUCCUUUUCUCAUUCAUUUUACGCUCUUUAUUUCAUUCUUCCUUUAGCCUUUCGUUCUACUCUUUCAUUCCUUUUUCUUUCGUUAUUCUCUCUUCAUUUCAUUAAUUUCUCUGGUUUUUCUUUCUGUUUUCUCUUUCAUUCAUUCAUCUCAACCUUCAUUCCUGGCUAUCUCUUUUUUCUUCCUCCCUCUCCUUAUUCGAGCUUACAUCAAUAUCACAUUGAAAUACCUGUUCUCGGGUUGAUAAACCGUAGAAAAAGAAUUACUCUUUUUCAUUCCAUUUUUACUCUUUUUCAUUUUGUCGUUUCUCUCUCCUCCUUUCUCUUUCAUUCCACACUUUCUUUCCCAUUUUUCUCUUAUCUUUUUUCUUUUCCCUCCAUCUCACUUUCUUCUCCGUCUCUCUUUCAUUUUACUUUCUUCUUUUCAGUUUUCUCUCUUUUUACUUUCCUCUCACUCGCUUGUUGUCACUUGAUCUCCAACCUUUACCAGCAAAGACCAGUGGUGAAAAAUUACACCUAA